AUUUACUUUCGUUUUCACCUCUCCAGACGAAAACCUUCAGUCUAUGACUACACACACUGGAAAGUGAAUAGUUACUCCCAUUUGUAAUUUUGUACAUCUAAUAAUAAUAAAAUACCAGAGAGAGAAAGAGUGGGCAGGAAUUAAGUUAGGGUUUUGGAUUAAGAAAGUAAAAAGAAGAAGACUAAGAAGAAAAGUGGAAAUCUCCAGCGCGAGAGAUAUAGAGAGAUAGAGAGAUGAGUAUAUGGAACUAUGUGGUGACGGCGCACAAGCCGACCAAUGUAACGCACUCGUGCGUCGGCAAUUUCACCGGUCCUCAGGAGCUCAAUCUCAUAAUUGCGAAAUGCACAAGAAUCGAGAUUCAUUUGCUCACUCCUCAAGGUUUACAGCCUAUGUUGGAUGUGCCAGUAUAUGGCAGAAUUGCAACACUUGAGCUGUUUCGACCACAUGGUGAAACACAUGAUCUUCUGUUCAUAGCAACAGAAAGAUAUAAAUUUUGUGUUCUUCAAUGGGAUCCUGAGGCUGCUGAAGUAGUUACUAGAGCGAUGGGGGAUGUUUCUGAUCGAAUAGGCCGUCCCACUGACAAUGGUCAGAUCGGCAUAAUUGACCCAGAUUGCAGAUUGAUUGGGCUUCAUUUGUAUGAUGGAUUAUUUAAGGUUAUUCCAUUUGAUAACAAAGGCCAACUCAAGGAAGCAUUUAAUAUAAGGCUUGAAGAGCUUCAAGUUUUGGAUAUCAAAUUUCUUUACGGUUGCGCAAAGCCUACGAUAGUUGUUCUGUACCAGGAUAAUAAGGAUGCUCGUCAUAUCAAAACUUACGAAGUGGCUUUGAAGGAUAAAGAUUUUGUUGAGGGACCAUGGUCUCAGAACAAUCUCGAUAAUGGAGCUGAUUUGCUAAUACCUGUACCUCCUCCUCUUUGUGGGGUUCUAAUUAUUGGUGAAGAAACUAUAGUGUAUUGUAGUGCCACUGCUUUUAAAGCAAUCCCUAUUAGACCUUCAAUUACAAGAGCCUAUGGAAGGGUUGAUGCUGAUGGUUCUCGAUACCUACUUGGAGAUCAUAAUGGUCUACUCCACCUCUUGGUGAUAAAUCAUGAGAAAGAGAAAGUUACUGGACUCAAAAUUGAGCUGCUGGGGGAAACUUCUAUUGCAUCAACAAUCUCAUAUCUUGACAAUGCCUUUGUAUACAUUGGGUCAAGCUAUGGAGAUUCACAGCUCAUAAAGCUAAAUCUUCAGCCUGAUCCAAAAGGUUCUUAUGUAGAAGUUUUAGAAAGAUAUGUCAACUUGGGGCCAAUUGUCGACUUCUGUGUGGUUGAUUUAGAGAGGCAAGGUCAGGGCCAGGUUGUAACUUGCUCAGGAGCCUACAAAGAUGGUUCCCUUCGAAUAGUUCGAAAUGGCAUUGGAAUUAAUGAACAGGCAUCUGUGGAACUCCAAGGCAUCAAAGGAAUGUGGUCACUGAGGUCAGCUACUGAUGAUCCUUAUGACACUUUCCUUGUUGUCAGCUUUAUUAGUGAGACACGUAUUUUGGCAAUGAAUCUUGAGGAUGAGUUGGAGGAAACUGAGAUAGAAGGUUUUUGUUCUGAAGCUCAGACUUUGUUUUGCCAUGAUGCUGUAUUCAAUCAACUUGUGCAGAAUGUUGAUUUCAUGUUUGUACUAUCAUGCUUUAUGAAUGUCUCACAGAACCAGAGAAGUGACUGUAGUAAAACUUCAUUACUAUCAUGUCCAUGCUGA